UUGCUGCUUCUCAUCAUCUCCAUCGUCUCAGACCCUUUGCCGGAGUCCCAGUCGCAUUCUAUCAGCAAUCAUGGGGAAGACACGAGGUAUGGGAGCUGCUCGCAAGUUGAAGACCCACCGCAGGAAUCAAAGGUGGGCUGACAAGGCGUACAAGAAGUCUCAUCUUGGGAAUGAAUGGAAGAAACCAUUUGCUGGCUCAUCCCAUGCUAAAGGCAUUGUCCUUGAGAAGAUUGGUAUUGAAGCCAAACAGCCAAACUCUGCUAUCCGAAAGUGUGCAAGGGUUCAACUCAUUAAGAAUGGGAAGAAGAUUGCUGCCUUCGUUCCUAAUGAUGGUUGCUUGAACUACAUUGAAGAAAACGAUGAGGUGUUGAUUGCUGGAUUUGGUAGAAAGGGUCAUGCCGUCGGAGAUAUUCCUGGGGUCAGGUUUAAGGUUGUGAAGGUGUCCGGUGUCUCCCUUUUGGCCCUAUUCAAGGAGAAGAAGGAAAAGCCAAGAUCUUAAUUUUGCAAACCCUGUUUCAGCCAUAUUAUGUUAUAUUGUUAAAUAGAUUUGAACUAGUUUUGCUUUGUUGUUUCCUUUUUAUGGAUGUGACUUUCAUAUUUCAUUCCCUGUUCACGAAUUUUGUCAUCUCUUCUAAUUUAAGAAAUUGAGGUUGAACCAUGUCUUGAAGUUAUCUCAUUUUAUGUCAAGGAGUUUAAUUGAUGAGAAGCCUUUUGCUUC